CUUUGCAGAAAGUUCAAAGAGGCUGCCAGGGGUGCAGCAGAGAGCAGACUUUCAUUCCAAAAUCUUAAUGAGACAGCUCACCCUGACAUGGUCAGUCUUUGGGAAGCAGAUGAGGCACUUGCUCAGGUAAACAGACUGGAGGAUCCAACAGCCAUGGACAUUUAUGAGGUCCGGUUAAAAAAGGGCAGGUGUCAAAUUCUACUAACAUUCAUUCAGGCUGAAUCA